ACUCCUGAUGCUUCAAGGAGCACCUGUCGUCCCGGCAUCCUUUGCGUGUCCAAUAUGGAAGAACUGGCGGUGGAGGUCCGUGGCUCCAACGGGGCUUAUUACAAGGGCGUUGUCAAAGAUAUCCACGAUGACUCUCUCUCCAUUGCCUUUGAGAACAAUUGGCAGCCAGAGCGCCAGGUGCCCUUCUGUGAUGUCAGGCUGCCACCGCCCGCGGACGCCAAGAAGGAGAUUGGAGAGGGCGAGGAGGUGGAGAUCCUCUCCAGAGCCAAUGACCAGGAGCCCUGUGGUUGGUGGCUGGCUAAAGUCCGCAUGAUGAAGGGAGCUUUCUAUGUGAUAGAGUAUGCAGCGUGUGACGCCACCUACAAUGAGAUUGUGACCUUUGAGCGUCUGCGUCCAGUCAACGCGAACAAGCCCAUCACCAAGAACUCCUUUCACAAGUGCACUGUCCCUGUUCCUCAGGAUCUACAAGAAGCGUGCCAGAAUGAGAACGCCCAUAAGGACUUUAAGAAAGCUGUGGGAGCCUGUCGCAUCACCUACUGCCCUGAGACCAGCCAACUAAUGAUUGUGUCCACCAAUGAGACGACAGUGAAACGUGUGUCCUUGCUGAGCGAUAUGCACCUGCGCAGCAUCAGAACCAAGCUGCUGUUGAUGUCACGCAACCAUGAGGCCACAAAACACCUGGAGAGCUCCAGGCAGCUGGUGUCGUCCUUCCAGGAAGAGUUUACGGUGAGAACAGAUCUGAUGGGCCUGGCCAUCGGCAGCCAUGGCAGCAACAUCCAGCAAGCACGGAAAGUUCCAGGUGUCACUGCCAUUGACCUUGAUGAAGAGACUGGCACUUUCAGGAUUUAUGGAGAGACAGCAGAGGCAGUGAAGAAGGCCAGGAACUUCCUGGAGUUUUUGGAGGACUCUGUCCAGGUGCCCAGGGCCCUUGUUGGCAAAGUGAUCGGUAAGAACGGAAAGGUCAUCCAGGAGAUUGUGGACAAGUCCGGUGUGGUGAGGGUCAGGAUAGAAGGAGACAAUGACAACAAGCAGCCCCGACAGGAAUUGACACAGGGAAUGGUCCCCUUCACCUUUGUCGGUACAAAGGAGAGUAUUGGCAAUGUUCAGGUCUUGCUGGAGUACCACAUCUCUUAUCUCAAUGAGAUGAUGGAGCUUCAUGCGGAGAGCCAGCAGCUUGAGGAAGAGCUGAGGCAGAUUGUGGAUUAUACACAGGGAUGCAGCCUAGCAAGACUCAGAAUAAGCAACAGAAGGCAGCACACUGAUUGUGAUGUAGAUGUGUGUAUGGAAGUUGAGCAGCUUCGUCUUGAGAGGAUGCAGAUUGAUGAACAGUUGCGUCAGAUCACCCAGGGUCACCGCCCAGGAGAAAGAGGAGAGAGAGGAGAGAGAGGAGAGAGAGGAGAGAGAGGGGAAAGAGGGGAAAGAGGGGGGUAUAACACUGAUAGCAGUGCCAAUGCCUCCUCGUCCUCUGUACAUGGCAGUCGCUCCUACAACGGUCGAGGGCGUGGCCGCAGAGGACACGGCUACAGCACUGGAUAUGGCACAAACUCAGAACAGUCAAACGCCUCUGAGACAGAUUCAGAGCGCAGGGAUGAGCUCAGUGACUGGUCCCUUGCGGCAGAGGAGCAGGACAGGGAGAGGGAGAGAGGCUCACGACCACAAAGAGAUGGUCGCAGGAGGCCUGGACCCGGCAGAGGCCGAGGAGGGCCCGGAGGUCGUGGGAGAGGAGGAAGAGGAGGAUACAACAACAGCUCUGCAGUGCCCCGGGACUAUGAGGAUAACAAUGCAUAUGGUGCUGCGGAGACAAACACCGAGACAGACCAGACAGCUGAUACAGAUGCUAGCGAGUCCAACCUGCCUGCGAACCGCCGCAGAAGAUCUCGACGGCGCAGAACAGAUGAGGACACCACAGUGAUUGAUGGCAUGAGCGAGUCAGACAACGCUUCAAUGAGUGAAAAUGGAAUAGUGACGGUGGCUGACUACAUAUCCCGAGCUGAGUCUCAGAGCAGACAGACGACGAACACCAAGGACACCAAGAAAAACAAAGAUGUGGGUCAGGUGGAUGCCAUUGCCGAGGACAGCCCGCCGUCUGCCCCGGCAACCACCAACGGUUCUAACAACGAUGCUGCCGACAGCGAGAGCAGCAACACCACCGGAGCUCCCGCUAAAGUCUCCUACCAGGGAGACUCUAACCCGCAACCUGUUGUUAACGGCCUCUCCUAGUCAGACCUGAGCAAAGGAAAUGGUUUCAAAUAUUUGAAAUUCUUUGGCUGCGCUUGAUUUAAUCUCCCUGUCUCUGGAGCAGCCUUAAAAGUGAAACAUUUAAACACAAUAAGCACUGUUGUUUUUUUACUUUACAAGUAUUUGAAACCUGUUUCACUGCACAGGUUUUAGAGGUCUGAAUUUUAACCUCCCCUUUACACGUGUUCUGUCCAACUAUCCAUUUUACUACAGUUAUUUUUUUUUUUUACAAUAGUUCUUCCAGUUUGAGCUUGCCAAAGAUAGUCCAACAUACACACAGACUUACAGACAUCUACUUAACUGUACUGGUCAGCCCACUCUUCUUUGAGAGCUCAGGGGGAGGUCGGACUGAAUGCAGUAUUUAUAAAAUGCGGACAGGGAUUCCACUCAAACCCAAACUAUGGUAUGAAUGCAGCAGUUAAAAAGAAUAUCAUAGCAGGAUUUUAGAACAGACACAUGUCUGCCUUUUACCAGGUGGACUCAGAAAGAUGCUUCCACAAUCUUUUUCAGGAUGUUUUGUGCAUCUGAAGUAGUUUGUAAAUUAAAUAUUCUGCAUGAGCACUACCACAGUGCAGAUAGGUUUGUUGGAAACUCAAGUAUGUCUGACAUACAUACAUGUGAUCAUCUGUUGUGCCUUGAGAGUAGAUUCAACAUGUUGUUGCCUGGCUCUGCACACCAUCUGAAAUCUUUUCACUAAUUUCUGUGUUUACUCCGUCAACCUCACCUGCUACAGUUGAAGCAGAUCCCCCUUAUGGCACUGUAGGCAGGUAGAGAGAAACGCUGAAAGGCCACUGAAAGGAUUUCAGAGGCUUUUUUUCAAAUCAGGUGUGUCUAUUCUUAAUGUUUGUGGGGAAAAUGAGUCCAGUUAUCCUUUAUAUCUAUAUCUGUUGAGGAGUUUGACAUUAGCUGCUUUCUGUUUUUCAAUAUGCAACCACGUUGGUCGUACAAGAAAUGUUAUUACAGCGUGUCUGGAAAAGAAACAAAUGAUAGAGUUGUUUCCUUUGCACUGAAACAUAACCUUUUUCUGUUAAAAAGUUGAUUGUAGUUGAGUCUGGAAACUGGCCUGUUGCUGUUAAGUGCUGGACAGAGAUGUAGCCAUCAGUGCUGGGUUUCCUGGAAACAUGUUUUCACUAAACAUCGGGCGUUUUUAUUAAAUAUUACAGGAAGGAUGAGUGCUGUUUUCUCACAGAACUCCAAUCAAGUCAAGAGAAACUCAAAGUGUGCUUGUUUGCAGAAUCCUUGAGAUGAAUAUCUUUUAAAUAUCCAAUUUUGCAAAAGUCCUGUUUGGACUUCCCUGGUGUUAAGAUGUUUCUAGAAAACCAAGCCGAGGUGAAAUUGUCAUUUUCAUGGUUCUUCCACAGGCUGGCUGGAAACUGGUGACGACUGUUCCACUAAGGAAGGAGAUUUAUUUGGUUUAUUUAUUUACAAAUGUACAGUAUUUAAAAAAAAAAGAGAAAAAAAGCAAAAACAAGAGAAGCUCUUCUUUUUCUUGACACUAAAAUAUGCGUUACCCGGGUUUUCUUUUGAGACAAAUGACAAUUUGGACUACUGACAGUUGUGACAUCCCAAGUGUUUUUGUUGGGUCAACUACAGUACGUUUUGUUUUUUUAAAGGAUCAUUCUGGUUGGUUGAUGUGCAAUAUGUUUUGUAUGCAGGUAGUUCUUAAAUAAACUCGAUCUUCCAUGUAGAUCUAAAACUUAA